CACUUGUUCUUGUGGAAGGAGUUCAGGCUAGACGUGUUAGUCUGCUGUGGUCUGCUGCAACCAGAUAUUCUGCAAAGGUAUCUUCAUGCGCCAUCCAAAAUGAAAGACGGUCUCAACUUAUCGUCCUUGCAAAAUCCUUUGGAACGUUACAAACUAGACACUAAACUAGGUUCUGGCAUAUUUGGGGUAGUUUACAAGGCUACCGAUACACAGGCGGCUGGAAAAUCCGUUGCUGUUAAAAUACAAAAAUAUACCGAUAAAAAUGAGGCACACAUUCAAAAGGAAUACAAAAUACUUCGAGAUUUCACUACUCAUCUUAAUCUUAUCGACUUUUACGGAGUGUUCUGCGAGAGAGUCGAUAAUAUAAACAAAAUAUGGUUUGUUCUUGAACUGUGCGAAAACGGAUCGGUCAUCGAUAUUGUCAGAAAGCUGAAUACGGCAGAAAGAAAAAUGUCCGAAGAACACAUAGCUUACAUCUUAAAAUAUACAAUAAAGGCCCUCGUUUAUCUGCACGAGAACAAAGUGAUGCAUCGGAACAUAAGGUGUAGCAAUAUUUUAAUCACAAAAGACGGUGAAGUUAAACUGUCUGAUUUUGGACUGUCGUGUAAAUUAAGCGGAACACUUGAUAAGAGUAAAACGAAUGUUGGUUCUCCGAGUUGGAUGGCGCCCGAAGUGGUGACUGGCGGAGACGACGGUUACGGCAACAGGGUCGACGUUUGGGCCUUGGGCAUAACUACUAUAGAGAUGGCAGACGGAAAAGCCCCUUACCAGGACAUGCAUCCGACACGCGCAUUGUUUCAAAUAGUAAGAUGCCCUCCGCCGACCAUUUCGAAGCCUUCAAUGUGGUCGAACGAUAUCAACGAUUUCAUUUCUGAGUGUCUCGAAAAAAAUCCGGAACAUCGACCUUUCAUAAUGGAACUGGAAGAGCAUCCGUUUAUUCUGUCCGUUCCUGAGAACGAUUAUCACCUCUCAACAGAAUUGAAGAUACUCGCGAAAGAACUAAGUGGCAAGGUAUCGCCAGAUAAAACACCAGAACGGAUAAUAAGAGAUGGCUUAUUGACAACUGAAGGGAACCCUGAAGCCGAAACGAUGCAAGUUGAGGAUCUUGCCGCUCUAGAAAUAUUGACUGAGGAAAACUUACUCAAUGAGUUGCAAAUAAAAUUGAUGAAAGGUUCAUUUAUGUCUUUCGUCGGUGACAUUCUACUUAUUCUCAACCCCAACACCGAUGAUGAUAUUUAUAACGAAAACCAUCACAAGAAGUAUGAGUGCAAAUCAAGAUCAGAUAAUGAGCCGCACAUAUUCGCGGUAGCCGAUGGCGCUUACCAAGACGCACUUCAUCAUAACGAACCACAGCACAUCGUGUUCUCUGGAGAAAGCAAAUCCGGCAAAACUACGAACAUGUUACACGCUCUGUCACAUUUGACUCAUUUAGGAGCGAUGAAGAAUAACACAGCAGAUAGAAUUCGUAAAGCAACUAGUAUUAUCCAAGCAGCUAUUUCUGCCGCUACACCCAUAAAUGCACAUUGCACCAGGGGUAUUUUUCAAGUUCAAGUGACAUACGGAAGCUCGGGAAAACUGAGCGGCGCUAUCUUUUGGUUGUAUCAAUUAGAAAAGUGGCGAAUCUCAUCAACAGACAUGACCCACGCUAACUUCGACUUAAUUUAUUAUUUCUACGAUGCGAUGGAAGCGGGAAAUCGAUUAGAUGAACUCUGUUUAGACAAAAACAGAAAACAUAGAUACUUACGGAUAUCAGAUGAACCUGAAAAAGAAUUAAAAGGCGUUAGAGAAAGUGUCGAAAAUAACGUUCAAAAUUAUAAAAAUAUCAUUGAGAACCUCACCGCAGUCGAUUGGGAAGAAGAGGACAUAGGAUUUUUUGAAACAGUUUUAGCGUCGAUUUUAGUUCUCGGUAAUGUCAGAUUCAAAGAAGGAAGGAAUGGUUCAACCGAAAUUGAAAAUCCGGAGGAGGCUAAGAGGGUAGCGAAGCUAUUGUCACUGGAUGAAACAAAAUUCCUUUGGGCUUUAUUAAAUUACUGUCUUAUCGAAAGCGGGACUGCAGUAAAAAGAAAACAUACUACAGAUGAAGCGAGAGAUGCUAGGGACACAUUAGCAGGCACUUUAUAUAAAAGACUCAUUGACUGGAUGAUAAAUUUAAUUAAUUCGAAACUCUCCUUUAUGAGAUCUGUCUUUGGUGAUAAAUAUUCAGUCAGCUUAUUGGAUAUGUUCGGUUUUGAAUGCUAUCACAGAAAUCGACUAGAGCAAUUGAUAGUAAAUACAACAAAUGAACAAAUACAGUUCCUUUAUAACCAAAGAAUUUUCGCUUGGGAAAUGCAAGAAGCCACAGAAGAAGGUAUCGCAAUGCCAGAACUAAGAUUUUAUGACAACAAAAAUUCUGUGGAUCAACUCAUGGGCAGACCUUUAGGCUUGUUUUAUGUAUUGGACGAAGCGAGUAGAACUAGUAGUGGACAGGAAUUCAUCAUGAGUACAAUAAGGACAACGUGUAAAGGACCGUACAUCAAAUUAUCCGGCAGUCAUGAAUUCAGUGUAGCUCACUAUACAGGCAAAGUGAGCUACGAUGCAAGAGAAAUGGCAGAAAAGAACAAAGACUUCCUUCCUCCUGAAAUGAUAGAAACAAUGAGGGCAUCAGUCAAUAUAACAGUGCAACAGUUAUUUAGAAAUAAAUUAACGAAAACAGGCAAUCUUACGGUUUCGCCAAGUCAGCCUAAAGUCACAGUUGCUAAAUCAAAAUCAGAAAAGGAAUUGGAAAACCUAAAAACUAGGAAAUUCAACACGGUCUCCAAAGGGCAAUUUUCUCAAGUUCAUAGAAUGAGAACAGCGGCUGCAACAUACAGAGCAACCAGUUUAGAAUUAUUGAAACAGCUCGCCGUUGGGCCCGGCAGUGGCGGAACGCAUUACGUCAGAUGCAUCAGACCAGAUUUGAAUGACAAUCCCCGAGGUUUCCAAAAAGAGGUCGUGAGACAACAAUUAAGAGCCUUGGCUGUUUUAGACACGGCCAAAGCCAGGCAGAGUGGCUUCUCCAGUCGCAUACCUUUUGCUGAAUUCAUAAGGAGGUACCGCUUCUUAGCCUUCGAUUUCGACGAAAACGUGGAAAUGACAAAAGACAACUGUAGACUACUUAUGAUAAGGUUAAAAAUGGAAGGUUGGGAGUUGGGAAAAACGAAAGUUUUCCUGAAAUACUAUAAUGAAGAAUUCUUGGCAAGAUUGUACGAAACAAAAGUGAAAAAAAUUAUAAAAGUGCAAUGUAUGAUGAGAGCUUUCUUGGCCAGAAGAAGGGCGAUCAAGAGUAAAUCAAAAUUAUUGCAUAUCAAAGAACUGAAGAAACAACAAUCUCUGAACGUAACUGAGGAUGAAGCGGCACUGUUGAUUCAAAAAGCAUACAGAGGUUAUAUCGUUCGUAAAGCAUACGGACCGCUCAUAAACAAAUCUACGGGGCAAAUUGACGAGGAAACAGCUUCGUUCCUAAAAAGAUUCGCAAUGAAAUGGAAGAGCCGCUCCAUAUUCCAAGUUCUGCUGCAGUACAGAGCGGUUCGCUAUCAGGACUUAGUGCACUUCUCGCAACAAGUGCAUAUUUACAAUCAAGCCGUUUUAGAAGCACUGAUGACAACUAGCACAUCCGUUUUGCUAGACCGCGUGGACCCGCAAGCUAAAGAAGCCAAUUUCCUUGGAACUAGCCCUCCGACCGUCUGGAAGCUACCGUUCAGAAUUGAUCAACUACAAUUCUAUGAUACGAUGCACAUGUGCGAUCCAUCUGCAAAAAGCACCGACACUUUUGCUGGUCAGUACGAUUCCGAUCAAGAGCAAUGGGACGAACCUCUGAAACGACGUUUUAGCGCCACACAGAUAGACAGCAUCGUAACGGCCACAACUCAAACGCUCAUCACCGUGCCGUUCUGCCGAGAUCCCACCCAGCCUGUCCCUAAUCUGCCUCCAGAAGAAACUAUCCAACAGCCACCAUCCUCUCCUCGUAUCGAGGAUGGGUCCCGCAACCGUCCGACGGUCUACAAAAAGAAACACGGUAAUGCACCACAAAGUUACUACCAGCCCCCGGAGCCGUGGAACGGUGCCCGCGACGACGACGACGUUCUAGAAAACAGCGCACCCAAAUUUAAAAAGACGCACAGCCGAAGUCUUUAUUGUAUCGACGCUCCAGACAUGCAGAAUCCGAUAAAAGAACUCCAAGCCAUGGCGAGAUCUACGAAUGAUUUGACCGAGGACGACGCACCAUUCAACUUUCAAGCUAUGUUGAAGAGGACGCCAAAAAAUAGAGCGUCGAUGAAACGACUGGGCGAGAUCGACAACGGAACAUUGGAGAAGCCGCAGUCUACGCCGAAACGUGCGCCGACACCAAAAGCAAAAGCUCCUCCCCCUCCCGUUCAAGUAACACCAUCGAAAGCGCCAAACAAGGUCUUACCACCAACUCCACCACCCAGCGAAGUCACGCCCUCGCCGACACCAAAUUCAAUGCAUAAAGAAUUCACCAGGCAUGAUUCCAAAGAUCUCAUAAUACAAGAAUUACAGAAACGAGAAUCUAGGCCAGAGUUCAUUUACCCGAGCAACAAAGUUGAAAGCGAAAAAAUCGAAUUAGCCCCCGGUAUCACGAUUCAGGGGACCGUUACAGAUUUAUAAAUAAAAACGAAUCGCUUUGUAGAAAAUAUAUUUAAUCUCCAUUGCAUUGGAAGUCCGCAUACAUUUUAUUUUUAUUAAGUUUUUUUUUAAAGCCAUAUGUUUUAUUAUAUGUUAAGUCAUAAGAAUUCAAAUGUUACGUUCGAUAAGUAAAUAAUUUACAUCUCAAUAGAGUUAAGUAUAUUGAAUACAAAAGAUUAAAAAACUUAAAGCGUAAAUUAUGGCGUACAAUCACGUACAAGAACAUAAUGCACUAAAUAAUUUGAUGUUAAUGCUUUCCACCUAAUGAGAGAGAUUCUAAAAUAUCAAUCUUAUGCGUUGUUGAUUUAAAUCAGGGUACAUCUUAUGAAAACUGCCCAGAACCAAUGCGUGCAAUACCAAAAUGAACAAUAAAAUAUCUUGUUUAUUCAUCUUAGAUAUAUUACCAAAACUACGAAUAUUAAUUCGUGAAUAUUAUUCAGUGAUUAAAUAUUAAUUUAAUCACUGAAUAAUCAAUGAGAAUACAGCUUGACAAAAUAAAUGAAUUGUUUUAGAUUUGUAAAUAUAAAAAAAACCCGAAACAUCAAAUUAUUUAGCUUCAUCAAACUUUCACACACUUAAAAACUACACAUAUUGAAGACAAGUCGUAUAAAAAUAUAUAAAUUCUUAUAAA